CUAAUUCUCGACCCAAAUCUCCCGCCAGGUUUUAGGGUUCUUAUGCUAGGUUUUGGGGGUCAAUGGGGCACGAGAUCCAUCCCGCGAGCUCGCCGGCUCACAGGCGAUUGCAGAGUCCAUCGUCGCCCUUCUCGGCGCCGCGGAGGGCCGCAUUGUCGACGCGCGAGGAGCCGGAUCUAAGCUGGAGGGCGCUCGUCUAUCGGCACCAGUUUCUACUGCUCAUGCUGGGAGUACUCUUGUUUCUGUGCACUGUCUACUUGUAUUUCGCUAUAACGCUGGGGACGGGUAAUUCGUGCGCGGGGCUCACAGGAGUCCAGAAGGAGAUUUGCAGCCUCUCCUCCAAGGACAAGACGAGGCGCGUGGGCGCGAGAGCACUCCUGAUUUAAAUGCUGGGGAGCUCUGGAGAAAAGAAUUAAACCUUGGUCUGUGCACUGACGCU